AUGUCCACCCCGCAAGCGAAGCGCCGCCGGCUGAACGAAGCUACCAAGACACUGCACAAGCCGUUCAAAUCGCCCUUUCGCACACCACUCAAGCCGAAUCCCGGCUCUGAUCCGCCCUCUUCAGAUCCCCUAGAGGCUGGCACACCUUCGGGGUUUGCGGUAUCGAAUAAUGGCAUCGUUCAGGAGCGUCCGGUCUCCUACCGACCCUCCCUCGACCGUUUGACCACAGAUGUGCCGAUGCCAGUCUUGCUCCGCUCUAGCCUCCCAAUACCUACGCACCCACGACUGUCACAGAAGAAAACCACGCCUCUGCAACAAAGCCUGACGCGGGAGAUCAUCGAGCUACGCAACGAUAUCCAGAUACUUUCCCAAGCGCACACACUUGCGACGUCGUCGAAGGACAAUGAUCUGCUUGCGCUGAGCGAGCGGUGGCGCAUAGCGAGUCGGGCUGCAGCUGAAGAGCUGUUUGCUACCACGCGUGAUAGAGUGAAUCGCAUGGGUGGAGUAGGCGCCUGGAAAGAUAGGGAAAGGGAGCAGAAAGAGUGGAGAAUGAAGGCUGAGAGAGAACAGAUGGAGGUCGAGAGGGAGAGGUUGGAGAAGGCGAGAGAGAACGGUGAAAUCAGUGAGGAAGCUUACGAGCAAUAUGCGGAUGCAAGUAUAGGUGCUGAGCAUGAGGAAAAAGAGACCUUCAAAGCUGCAGACGAUGAUCGGUCUUUCACUAUGGACAUGAUGUUGAAGACACUCAACAUCGAUCUGGAAUUGAUUGGCUACAACAAGAAGGCGCAGCGAUGGGACGGUUGA